AUGCGGCCUUGGCUUGCCGAACCCUCAUCGGCAGUCUUGCCAGUCGUUAACAUCGGCAAACCCCCGGCAGCUGCGCGUACGACAUACUUUGGAAUGCUCGUACCGCGUGCCACGUAUGUGAUCCCUGAUCGUGCUAUUUCUGCCGUCGUGAGACAUUUCCAGCGGCAUUCAAAAGACAAUCUCACUUCCAUCAAGUCACAAGACUUGACUAUCUCUAAUCAGUGGCUUCGGACCCAAAAUACACAUCACAGAGGCCUGUCUCUGACAUCCACUGUAACAACAGUUCACAUCCGUGAUCUCUUCAGCGACUUAUACUUCCCCACUGCGAAAGCCCGCAGAAGAUGGGAGACCCACCUCCGCAUCGACGACUACGGCGCCCAUAAACCUCAAUGCCUCCAAGCCGUUCCCGCUUCUCGAGCUGCCGCCGGAAAUCAUAGAUAG